AUGGUCAACCUUCCAUCUCCAUUUAGCGACAUUCCCCGAGUCAAGCUCAUGUUUGACCGUCCCGUCGACAUUGAGCCAUUAUCACGACUGACGGAAUCACUGGGUUGCGGGGCACGUGUCUGGAUCCUGCGCGAAGACCGCAACUCUGGGCUUGCUUUUGGCGGUAAUAAAGUUCGAAAGCUUGAAUAUGUGUUGGCAGAUGCUCUCGCUCAACGCGCGGAUACUCUCGUCACUACGGGAGGAAUACAGUCCAACCACAUGUGCCAGACUUCGGCUGCUGCUGCUCGACUUGGUCUGCAGGUUGCUCUAUACCCAAAGGAUUCUGUGGCCUCCAGCGAUGCAGAGUACAAAUAUGCCGGAAACGUGCAAGCUAAUGGCAUCUUUGGAGCCGAAACCUUUCCUAUUGGCACCAAGGAAGAAACCGUGAUCAAGACCCUUAACGAGCGAGGAAGAACUCCUUAUUCCAUCCCAACGGGAGCAAGUACUCAUCCACUUGGCGGUCUUGGGUUCGCUCGUUGGGCAUUCGAGUUGCUCGAGCAGGAGACGAAACUGGGCGUGACUUUUGAUGUCAUCAUUUCGGCAACUGGAUCUUGCUCGACACUUGGUGGCAUGGUUGCCGGUUUCAAACUUGCCCAAAAGCUGGGAUAUCCAAAUUCGAAGAAGAGACUGCUUGGAUUCUCAAUUUUGAAUCCGUCAGAGCAGGAAGUAGUCGACCUGGUCUUGACCAUUGCCAAAACCGCAGCUUCCAAGAUCGGUCUCUCGCCAGACGACAUCACUAAGGACGAUUUCGAGAUUGAAACUUCGUACCUUGGAGGAGCAUAUGGGAACCUCGAUGAGCGCACCUCUGAUGGGAUCAAGGAGUUGGCAAGGCUGGAAGGCAUUCUGACUGAUCCGGUCUAUACUGGAAAAGCAUUGACUGGGUUGUUGCACACUGCUAGGACCGGCGCUUUCAAGGAUAAAAAUGUCCUGUUCUGUCAUACUGGCGGCCAAGCAGCCCUGGCAGCCUAUCCACGUUUGACUUGA